AUGCUUAUAUGGUUAAUUAUGUUUUUGUCUACUUUGAUUUUUCCUUUUUAUUUAUUCAAUUUUAAAACUACAUCUAUUUUUAAUUUUUGGCUAUUUAUUUUUAUUUAUUGUCUAUAUCAAGUUGGCCUAUUUUAUUUUUCUUUGAAAGCUUUGUUUUGGUUGGAACUUCGAGGAGCAUGUUGCUUUAUUAUUACAUGUGAAAACACCCGUAUUGCAAUGAAAGUCCAUUCUUUUGUGAGAGAGAAUUUUUUUACUAAUCCGACAAAAAUGUCUUCAAAAACAACUGAACAGAACUGUGAUAAUUUGAAAAAUUCGGACGUUUCUGAAAGUGUUGCAGAUCCACAAAAUUCAACAAAACCGUCAUUGACACAUUUUGUCUAUUUUAUGUUCUGUCCAGCUUUGCUUUACAGACAUUCUUAUCCAAUGUAUUUUUAUUUUAAUUUUUUUAAUUUGAGGGGUAAAUCUCCAAUCUACCGCUUGUCCAUUUCCACUGCGGGGCUUAUAACCAGGCUUAUUAAAAUUUGAAAAUUUUUUUGGCAUUGUUGAGCUCCGUCGGAUAGUAUCAAUCAACGAUGGUUGGAUUAUCCGAAACCUGAUC